GCUUCUACGAACCCAGAGUGGGAAGAAAAAAAGCAAACACCCAAGAUCAUCAUCAUUGAAGAUCAACUGCACAAUAGAAGCUAUUUUAUGGGAUUUUUUUUUUUAAUUUUGUCCCGCAUUCGAAUGGACAUUCACCGGCUGAAAGAUACAUGUUUUUAUUUUAUGCUUUUCUGAUUAGAUUUUUUUAAAAGUAUUUUUCCUACUAUAAAACUUUUUUAAAAAAAAAUCUCUUUACCGUAGAAAGCACUGAGUCCUCGAUUUACGACGGAGUUCUGUUACUGUUCGUUCGAAUGUGUGCUUAAGUUGGAACGCGUCGUAGUUCACCAAACCACUAGUAAAAGUCACUUCGAGGCCAAAAAUAUGUAUGAAAAACAUUAUAUUUUUUAGUAUGGCAUGUAACGGCGUAUGAUUACACCACGGUGCCGUUCGUAACCUCGAAAUAUCUCAUAAAACGAGGAUCAGCACAACGAGGAAGCACUACAAUUUUGAAAGUUGGCAAAAAAAAAAGAAGAAAAGCAAACAAACAGUGAGCCAACCAAUCAGAUUGCGUGACAUCAUCGAAACCGGAAAACGGAAACCCAACCCGAAAAAAGCGCCUGGAUUCAAAGUGGAGACGUUAAGACAAGAAUAAUCCUCAGAGCCGUGGCCAUGAGUUUCUCUCCAUGCCCACCUGAUGCCCUCGCUGGCGACAGCAUCCAGCAGCAGAGGGACCGCUGGGCGAGGAAACGGAGCCGAGCGUCCAGAGAGUUGGUGCAGUCGGAGCAGCGCUACUGCCAACAACUGGAGCUUGUCACCACCUACUUUGUGGCGAUUUUGAAGGCCAAAGGAACCCUGAGGCAGGACAUUAGCGAAAGCAUCUUCAGUUCAAUUAAAGCCAUUCAUUCAGUAAACCAAUCUCUGCUGGUUCACCUGGAAAACGGCUACUUCGGAAGGGGCUUUGACCAGUUUUGCCCUCAACUGGACCACUACAACGUCUUCGUGGACAACAUUUACAAUGCCAAAAAGGUGCUCUGGAUCCAGCUGAAGAAAAACAAGACCUUCAGGCGUUUUAAGAAACUUCAGGAAGCCCGGCCUCAGUUCCACAACCACAAGCUGGAGGACCUGCUUCAACUUCCCAUUGAACGGAUUGAUCAGUAUAAACGUCUACUGCAGGAGAUGACUGCACAUACAAGUCCAGAUAACCCAGAGUUCCAGCAGCUUUCACGGGCGGUGGCUGCGGUGGAAGAGCUGCACCAGCGUAUCCAGAACAAUACCCGGCGCCACGAGAACCACCUGCAGCUGUGCCGGGUGCAAAAACUGCUGAAGGGGCGAAAGACGAAGGUGUUGGCUGCAGGGAGGUGGUACAUCCGUGAAGGCUGGCUGAAGGUGGUUCCUUCCAAAGGAGCUGACGUGAAACCCAAGAUGUUCUUCCUGUUUUCGGACAUGCUUCUGCAGGCCAAGCGAUGCAGCGCCCUGCAUCCCACAGACAGUGACAAGUUUGCCGGCCAGCGCGCCUACCCCUUGCGGGAGUGUUCCGUGGAAAAGGUGUUCGGCAACACCAAGGGCAAAGGUGGCCUGCUCAGUCUGACUUUUCCAAAAGCCAAACUCCUGCUUAUGUCAAGCAACCAGGAAGAUUUUAAUGACUGGUACCAAAGCCUGUCCUCUGCGGUUAGGAAGCUGCAGCCCAGGUCGACGGUUGUCCUUCAGCGAGAGGAUUUCAACCAGGAACCCCUCGGCUCGGCUCCUGAUGGCCACAAUUUACAAAGCAGCAGCAGCAGCAAUCCUAACAGGAAAAGAAACGUGGUGAGCAACGAGCCCGGUGAGCCUGCUCAGCGACGCGCCGCCGAGUGGGAGAGCAGCGCCCCCAAAAGGAUUAAACAGUCCAUUUCAGAGCACAGUUCCGAGGCGUCGACGUCAAGCUGCAUUAUCCUCUGAGACGUUUCUUUCCCAAAUCUGGAUGGAAUUUCGUGCGUGUGCAUAUGUGUGUGACGACCCGGGAUCCUACGGUGACAGUCUGAGAGUUUCACUUCAGACU